AUGAGGGGCAGCCAUCGCGCGAGCAGCCACUCCGUGGUCAGCGUGGGGCCCCCAAAGAACAAAUGCUCCAGGAUCCAGGUCUUCAUCACAUCGAAGGCAGCGGCAGUGAUCUUUUGGGUCCUUACAAUUGCGCACUGUGCCAUCUACAUGCUGGGGCCCGGGAUGUUCCGGCAGCUCCUCGAUUUCGUGAUCUGGGUGUGGGUGACAGGCGGCCCCCUGGCGAUCAUGACUGUCACGGAGGUGGCGGUCCGAGUCUCCGCACAGGGUGGCCCCCUGUGGAGGUGGCGAUCUUGGCGGAAGGUGAUGAUACCACUGUAUCACCAGCUGGAGGCUCUUGUGCUUGCCCUGAUGGCUUACCGCGGCGGGAUGGGCAUCUAUCUCCUUAAACUUGCGCUUGAGGCCCAGGGCAACCUACCGGCCAUGGUGUCGGAUCAGGACAAGGCCACCGUCCUCGUGCUCUGUGCCUAUCGCGCACUGCGCACGUGGGGGGACUUGCAUGGCGUCUCUGUGCAUCAGACGCUUCAGCAAAGGCGGCUAAGGGCGAAGCUGAAUAAGCUGUGGAUGGAUGAGUAUCAACAAAAGCUGCAAGAGCACCGAGCACGGCUGGUAGUGAAAAUCCAGCGCAUGGUGGACAGGAAGGUCCCUCAGCUGCUUUUCCUGCUGGCUUCCUUGAUCUACUGCGGGGCGGAGGUAUUCGACUUCGUGCGCACGUCCCAAGUUCUGGGCUACGUGCUCCUGGUGGCCUUCGGUUGCGAAUUCCUCAUAAGGACAAAGGCCCAGGGUGGAGAGAUCUUCUUUCGGCCCCUCUUUAACAAGCUGGAGUUCUUUGUGCUUACAGCUGGCGCCUGGUGCCUCUUCUAUGCCUCCUGGUACACCCAGUACUUGGCCUCCUCCAGAGCCGAAGCUGCGGCCGUGGCCGCUGCCACGGCCGUCCUUCUGCUGCUCCACCGCUGCAUUCGGCUUCUGGGAAUCCAGCUCAAGGUCUCUGCGAGCGAAUUCGAUGCGGACAGCGUGAUGAGCGCCAAGGCGAUGCAAAUCUUCAUGGCGAAGUUCGGCACCUUGGUGGACGUUCCGCCGACGAAUGUCAAGGUAGACCUACCCAACUCUAUGAUCCACAUUCAGAAGGCGAGCCUGAAGCCGGAAGCCUUUGCGCAGCUGCAUCUGCCGGUGACCGUCACCGGCGGCCUCAUUGAGGACCUCUUCAUCGACUUCUUCAGUUCCGACACGACGAAGGUUACCAAACUUCUUCGAGAGGGCACUCAGCAGUUCCACAGCCGAACCAAAGCGCGCAACUGGGGAGCAGUGCACCGCGGAGAAGACUUCGCGGACCAAGCUCAGGCGGCAAUGGAAGAGUGCCUCCGAAGCCUGCAGGGGGCACAACACCUUCCUGCGAACCUCGUUGAGGACCUCUCCGUGGUCACCCAACUUUGUGAGGCAGCCUCGGCUGCGCACGACGAGGCAUGGGGGGCACACAACGAGGACGAGGAGAACCUACGAAGAGCAGCAGAGUACUGCUCGCCACAGAACAAGAGGCGCCGACACGAAGCAGACGUCAUCGCCCAUGGAGGGGGACCCAGCUCGCAGCCGGAGUACAACCCCGCAGCCGCUGACCAGCAACAAGAGAGGCCUUUGAAGGCCCUUGCCAAGCUUCGCCGCCUGGCGCCUUUUCUCCACGGACAACUACACGAGUGGGCACAGCAGGCCAUAGGGGAACUCACUCAGUGGUCGACGCAGUUUUGGGGAACGCCAGUAGAGCUUGUCGACGAGGAGGACGACCUCGUGAACCACAACCAGCUGGACUACCUGAACCACCUGGACUACCACACCGACCCGAGCUUGAACCAGACCAGCCAGAACUACCCGCACGACCUGUACGACCAGCUGGACUACCCGCACAACCUGGACUACCUCGCGGACCUGCACAACCGGCUGGGCUACCCCCACCGGCGGCGCACCCACACAACGAAGAAAGGGAACACACGGACUGUCGACUUUCGGGACUACCUGACCCGCGUGACCUGCUUGGACCUCCUGGACUACCUCAACGACCCGAACGACCUGGACCACCAGCUACCACCGUGGCACCGCAACUGCCGGCGGAGCACCCGCACAACGAGGAAGGGGAACACACGGACCGUCGACCCCCGGGACUACCUGACCAACGUGACCUACUUGGACCUCCUGGACUACCACAACGACCCGUACGACCUGGACCACCGGCUACUACCCUGGCUCUGCAACCAGUCUUACCUUGGCCGUUGGAACUGCUACACCGACCCUCGCCCAGCUUGCAGCACCUGCUACAACAGACCUACUCCUCUCGGCGGAGAACCACGAGCUCUACGAGAACCUGGAGAACGGCGCCUACCAGUACACAAGGGGUACCCGCUCCGCAAGAGAAGCCAGCCCAGGGGGCACACCAAGACGACGAAGGAGAACCCGCUCAAGGAAACCAGCAACACAGCAACGAUGCGAGGCACCCGGAACUCACACCUACGGAGCCUGAAGCUACCUGGGACGAGAGCGCAGACACGGUCCCGUGGCACGCUGGACUCGGGGCACCACAACAAGAAGAAGAACGACUGA